UUUUUGAAGACAGCUUAAUUUAGAGAUAAAAUAUGAAUCACAUGAGACAAAUAUGCGCUUCUGGGGGCAGCAUUGGUAUUUUACAAUAGAAAUAUUUCGACACACCCAUUUUUAGUACCACACCAUCACCAAAACAACUAAAAGAUCGCCGCUGCGGUAACUACGCAGUAAAAUUGAGCUCAAAAAACUCCCUCCCUAGCUGCCUUGCCCUUUGCCCUUCCGCCAGGGCUGCACCUCUAUUCCUGUAGGGCCGAUGCACGUGUGCAGCACCUUGAUAGGUAUCCUGGGCGGCUGGCAAUAAUAACACAGCGCAAAAAUAACAGUGCUCUUCUAGGCGCAUGAAUAUUGAAAAAUUACGGCGGUAAGCCAUAGUAACGUGUGCACUGGCAGAAAUAACAAACUCUCUCUCUUUCUUGGUCAAAUUGGAAAUUUUCACGUCUGUUACGACGCGUUUUUACGUGCUUCCGGUGUCUUUUUUAGAGUUUAAAGUGGUUUUUACGUCAGUUAAAGUAAUAUUUGCUGUUUUUAAUAUGCUCGAAUUGGGAGCGAGUCAUCUAUUAAAUUGUGAAGCUUAAAAACUCUAAAUAAAUUCAAAGGAUAGAUGCAUCAAACUGUUUUCAAUUAUGCAAACUAAAUUCAUUGACGUUUUACGAAGUGAAUUACUAUUGACUUAUCAUCAUGCUGAAUAAAUCCAGAGUCAUAAAAGAGCAUAAACUGCACACAAAUUCUGCAAUUAUAAAGUGAUUUUUUGGAAGAAGAUUGUCUCAUGUACUCAAAACAAUUAUGGCGCCAUCUUGAAAGUUCAAAUCAGGUCAACUAAACCCGAGCCCCGAAUCUAAUCCGGAAAUCGUCGGAUUUCCAGCAUACAUUUUCAAACCGCUCAAAACCAUCUAUCAUCCAACACUGCACUCGCGCGCGUGUCAUCAAAUCGCCAGCACAAACUCUCCUCUCCAGCUAAGUGUGAUCAUUUUUGGUUUGGAUUCCGUUCGCUAGCUGACGACGAUGGACCGGCAGCAGUCGGAGCAACGUUCGAGGUUUGUCGCUUACACCAAGAGUUCCAUUGCAAAAUCUCGGCCACCGAUACUGAAGCAUCCGGAAACGCUGAAGGCUUCUAACGGCUCCAAGAUGUCGUCGGAGUACUCGGAGUACCGAUCGUCCUAUCUGCCGUAUAAGUUGACCGAUAGUUUGGGUGGCACCCGGAAGGUAUCGAUGCUGAACGUCCCCAAGGAGAGACGGAACGGGUUGGAAGACUGCACGGAUGCGAUGAAGAGCAACAAGAAACGGUGUGAGAAGAACAACCUCCGACUGGUUGGUGAAACGAUGCUGAAGCCGGAAUACCGGGAAGAGUUUGUGGAGUUUCCGAUAGAAAAGUCACAAUCGACGCCACAGUUGAAUAAUAUAAACUUUAGUAAGAAUUUCUACGGAAUGCCAUCCGAGUACAAAGAGUGCUACAAGAGUUACGACAAUUUCACCAAGAGUGCACCGAUUAAAAAAAUCGACAAUUUGAGCAUCAGCGGACUGCUGGAUCUGACUCCGGAGUACAAAGAUCGCUACCAGAAUCCGAUAACGAGCAGGUUCGAUCGGCCGUCGUAUUUGAAGCGUAAAGAUAAUCUUUUUCUGGACGGGGAGUUCACCAACCGGGUUCCGGAAUAUUGCAGCAGCUACGGGAAUCCGAACUUGGCCAGGAAGCCGGCAAAGGCGAAGCCAAAGGACACCAUUCUGCAUCUGGACGGAGUCAUGAGCUACGAACCGGUCUACAGAUGCUCCUACAUUGACCAUCCCCGAAGUCGACCAGUAAUUGCGAAACCAGAGUCCAACAUCCAGCUGGGACAAUCCGACGAGUUCCAGGUUGUUGGCGACGAAGAGUUGGCAAAAUUUCGAGCACUGCCAGAGUACCGGAAAGCCAAAAAGGAACUCCUCAUCAAACCUCGACCUCCACCGGCCAACAAGAGCAGCGUCCUUGCCCAAAAGAUCAUCAACGACAAAAACAAAAUCGGCCUCCGCCAGGACGGUCACACCGUGUCCACGAAGGUAACGGGACCGGCCGCCGAGGAUGAUCCCCCACGUGCCAUUCAACAGCCGAAGAAGCCUCAAAGUUUCAAGUACAUGCUGGAAAACGGCAACGAAAACGUAGAAAAGAAGCAACCCGCCGUCGACGCAAAUGCCCCCAAAUUCCAACCAGAAAGCAACAACAAACCAGUUCAACUCCACCAAAAGCCCAUCUUUCACGACUCGAGGAGCCUGCUGCAACGCAACGGAACCAACGUGGUCGAGGCAAACACAAAGUACGUCAAGGAAGCCGCCGCUACUGGACAGGAUAAUAGGCAAACCCACCACCGUAACAACAUCGUCAAGCAGCCGCCGCCGGUGAAACCGUUUGUGGUGUUGAACGCACCUGCGAAAACACGAAACAAACACUGGCUCGGGCCCACAACCAUAUAUGAUUCGUAUAUUUACUAGAACUUAGUGCAAAAAACUAAAUAUUUAUACAGAUAUAACCCUGCCGCGGCGGUGUAUAUGUUUAUAUAUGUGUCUAUACCAGUACUCUAGUGUUAGCAAAAUAAAUAAAAAACGUGAAAAAAUACCCAAAAAGGUUCCUUUUUUGGCCUUCCCGGCGAAAGGAGAAGGUCAUGAGGUGAAACGAA